AGCCUCCCUGUUUCUUUAUGGGAGGAGCGGUGCGACUUCCCCACUUCUGCCCCCACUAUGUAGGCUACUUUUUUUUUUAACAUCCCUGCUUACGUUUGGCUGGCAUAGCCUAAUUUCCGCAUUCCCAAAUCCUCCCAGAUUGGGAUCACGUUUAAAAUCGGGCUGAUGCAACGAUUUCCACUUUUUAAAAUAUACUCUCGACCCUCGGCUGACCAGAAGAAAGGACAUUUGUUGCACCUGGGAUCAAAGUCAGCUGUGGUCACGACCGAGUCUGACACGAUGCCAGGACAAAUCCCAGAUCCCUCUGUGACAGCAGGCUCCCUGCCCAGCCUGGGCCCACUGGCUGGGAUCACAGCCACCACGCUGACUGACAAGCUCAAAUUUGGCGACCUCCAGGAGUUUGGGACAAUGCUGUCACCUCUGCAUUUCCUGGAUAGUCUGGGGAAGAGGCCUCUAAUAAUAAAAACUGAGAGAGACGAGGAGGAAGAGAGGAGAAAACGAAGGCGGGAGAAAAACAAAGUGGCUGCAGCUCGCUGUCGAAACAAAAAGAAGGAGAGGACAGAUUAUCUACAAAAGGAGUCGGAAAGGCUAGAGAUGUUAAAUUCCGACCUUAAAGCCCAGAUCGAGGAGCUGAAGCUUGAACGACAGCAGCUGAUCCUCAUGCUCAACCGCCACCGCCCCACAUGUAUUGUCAGGACAGACAGUGUCAAAACUCCGGAGGGUGAGGUGAGCCCCCUGCUGCAGCAGCUGGAGGCCAAGUGAAGGUUGUAGCACGAGUUCCUACAGUUUACGAUUGGGAAGAAGCAGCAAACUAGCAGCACUUACGUUUGGGGCCUCGGUCGUGGAGGAGAACCAGCCACUGAGCGCUACGCCACAAAAUGUGGAUUCACUGUGCUUAGACACUGUUUUGGCAGUUAAAUCAAUCUUCUUUCAUAGUCUUUUUUUGUUUUGUUUUUGUUUUUUUAAUUGUUCCUUCUUGCUUUUUCAUUUAUUCUUCAUUUUCAUCUUCACAGGUCCAGCCACAAUUAGUGUGAAAGUAAAGAAAAAAACACAGCACAACUUUUGGUAGAAUUACAAGCCACACACGAGGCAUUACUUUGAUAUAUUUCCAGUAAUUACACCUGCGUUUUAAUGCUUUUUGUUUUGUUUUUUCGUAGUUAACCCUAAAACAGAACUGCAUUCGAUCAGUCAGCUGCACAGAUGAUUAUUUGUUGCUGUGUGGGAUGAAACUAAGUCGCUGUUUCCAUGCAGGGCAGAGGCGAUACCCCAAAGAGACAGUGUUUGUAAGUUAUCAGGCUACAAAUAGACAUCUUUGCAGCAUGUCUGUGUCUGCAUGCCGGAAAUGACCUUGACUGUCCUUCAAUUGUUAAAAUACAUCCAGGGAAUUGUAGAAAUAUCAUUGAAAUCUGUGGGGAAAUAGUUAUAUAUGUAUAAAAAAAUAACUACUGGAAUGCAUUAACCAUCACAUACAGAUGAUUUUAUAAAGUAACCAAUUUAUGUAUAAACCCACAGUCAAAGAAGCCUUUGUAUCGUAUAAAUAACCUCAAGCAUUUUUCAUUUUGUGGCACAGCAGCUGAACAUUUUUUCUUUAUUCCAUUGUUUUUUGGCGCAGGCGUCAUGUAUGCACAUAUAUAUAUAUAUAUAUACAAGUGUUUACAUUGUACUUUAUUUUCUGUUACCAUAUUGUUACUAGCAAUUAUGUUUAUGUUUUUAUUCUUUUGUAUAUGGUGUUAUAUAAGCAUAUAAGCUAUCACAAAAUCCCAUUUUGUAUUUCCUUAAGAAAUAAAUGUCUAGUUUCUUUUUUUAAAAGUAUUGAAUAAUAUUUUUUUGAGUCUUGCAAAAUGAAAGACGUUUUAUAAUAAUAUUUUGUGCAAAAAAAAAAAAAAAAAAGUUUCAGGAGCAAACUUUUUUGGUAAACCCUGACAUCUUGUGGUGAGCUGCAGCACAGCUCAUUAACGUUCCUGCUUUAUUAAGUGUGCCAAUGCCAAGAGGCACACUUAUUUAUCUUUAAACUACUUAAAAUGUAUUAACUAUAAUAUAUUGCUCCAUACCUUCCCACCUUUUUUAGUCGUGAGGG